AUGAUUUUUAAUCAAAACAAGAAGUUAAAUAGUGAUGUUAAACCUGCUUUUCCAAAGCUGGUAAUUGUUUAUCCAACGCGGGAUAGUUUGCAAUUCUUUGGUGCAGUAGCAAUUUUAUUUGGAAUAUGGCUUUUGGCAUUGGUCCUAGCCUCUCCAAUGUUUAUUUAUAAGCGACUUGUGCACGCUGACAUUCCAUUAGUACUACAGGAUUUGGGCAUACGUGAUGUAUCAUUCUGUAUUGAAGACUGGCCAUUAAAUCAUGGACGUUUCUAUUAUUCCAUAUUCUCAUUAUGUGUGCAAUAUUUGGUACCAAUAUUGAUUGUAUCUGGUGCAUACUUUGGCAUCUAUAAUAAAUUGAAAAAUCGCAUAACUGUAGUAACAGUCCAUACUUCACAACGAAAAAUGGAGCGAGGAAGACGAAUGAAACGCACUAAUUGUUUAUUGAUUAGUAUAGCGAUUAUAUUUGGUGUAUCCUGGUUACCGUUGAAUUUCUUUAAUUUGUAUGCGGACAUGAAGCGAUCGGUGGUGACACAGACUAUGCUGGUGACGUAUGCUGUAUGCCAUAUGAUCGGUAUGAGUUCGGCUUGCUCGAAUCCUUUGCUGUAUGGAUGGCUGAACGAUAAUUUCCGUAAAGAAUUUCAAGAAUUAUUAUGUGGUUAUAAAGAAACUACUAAUGUUAAUCUUAAUGGUCAUACGACAGGCGGUGGACAGACGCGUCGAAGACGAAAACAUGCUGACAUAUCUAAAGGGGAUUUGAAGUUGCUUAACAGUGGUGGUGGUAUUGGUGGCACUGGCGGUGGUGGAGGUGUUGGUUGUUGUAGUUCAAACAAUAAUACGAAUGGACUGCGUAGCGUUAUUACAGAAUCGGUAGCGUUAACUGAAAAUCCAAUGCCAACAGAAGUAACCACAUUGAUGCCGCGGUAAAUUUUUUAAUGGAAGAGAAGUAAUAUUGUGAAAUACCUGAGCAUAUAUAUUUGUGAAAAUAUUCCCUUAAUAGUU